CCUCCUCCACACGAACUAAGUCCAAGCCUCCUCCACAUGACCCGAAACCCGAAAAUUCCGACCUGGCAGUAGAAAGGGCUUCCCUCUCUAAAUUGCCCGUCGUUUUAAGAUAUCAUGCAUGUUGGUCAACUUAAUAUCUUUGCUUUCUGUGGGUGACUCCUGCGCACAUUCCAAGUUCUGUGAAUAGCUACUACCACCAUGACCGUCACUCUGUACGGAUCUCGGCAAUCAACAGGCACUCAACGUGUCUUGUUGGUCCUCUACGAACUAAAUAUUACUGAUUAUCGACUUUCCAACGUCGACAUGCAAAAAGGAGAUCAUCAUGAUCCCACUUAUGUUCAAAAUCUCCACCCUUUCGGACGACUUCCGGUUCUUGAUGACAACGACACUCGAUUAUUCGAAUCAAGGGCCAUUUGCCAAUACUUGGUUGCUAAAUACGGGAGAGGGAGUGCUUUAGACACCCGAGCUGAACAAACUUUUGCAGAGCUAGCAGCAUAUGAACAAACGGCCAGUGUUGAAUACUCUUACUUCGACCCGGCGAUGAAAUCUUUGGCAUACGAGAAUAUCUUCAAGAAAUUCAUGGGUCACGGCGAUCCUGACAAAGAGGAAGUCGAGAAACAGAAAACCCUCUUGGUCAAGGUCUUGGACCACUAUGAAAAGGUCACUUCUGAUCGUGAAUAUCUUAUGGGAAACCAAUUUUCGUUGGUUGAUCUAUACCAUAUGCCAUGGGUUCACUUUCUCUCCAACCUGGGAUUGCAGGAUGAGAUUUCGUCCAGGCCGUGGUUGAGCGCGUGGUGGAAACGUGUUAGCAGUCGGCCGUCUUGGAAACAUCUGAUGGUGUCCCCUUGAAACGAGAAUCAUAACAGAAACUGAGAAAUUGGAGAGGUCUUUCGUUUAAAAAGAUAUGUUCUCCAUACAUCGUUCCUACAUAUCCAGAAUAAAUGACAAUUGUGACA